CUGUUUUAUCUCUCUCUUUUCCUCCCAAACAAAAUCAAAUUAUAUUUAGAAACAGUUCGCUCUUGAAAUACAAAGAGAGGGACUGAACAGAGGAGGAGAAGACAAAUACAAAAAUGGACGAUUACACCAGAGAAAUGAUGGACCUCAAGACUCUUGUCACUCGUACCCUCGAGAAAAAGGGCGUUCUCGCUAAGAUCCGGGCUGAGCUGAGGGCAAGUGUGUUUGAGGCAAUUGAAGAGGAGGAUAAAGUAAUUGACAAAGAAGAAGGCUUACCUCCUGCAUUGUUGGGUAGUUGUAAUGAACGUGCUAAACAACUUCAUGCUUCUCCUUCAGGGAGGUUACUAACUGCACUGAUAUGUGAAUAUUUGGAUUGGGCACAACUAAAUCAUACACUAAAAGUAUAUAAUCCAGAAUGCAAUUUGCAAAAAGAUUCUUGGAAAUCUGAACUGAAGGAGUUUAGUAGCAAGAAUGGCUAUGAUCUUAAUAGAAAUGGCGAUAGUGGUCCAGUACUCUUGGAUGUUCUUGAAGGAUUCUUGAAGUUUGAGAAUUUAUCCCAAGGUAGAGGUACUGGAAGGAGAGUGUCAGAAGCGGAAUCCUUAUCUAACUUAGAUUCGAGAAAUGCUAGGAGACCUUGUUCAUCAAAUGUUGCUGGUGGUUUACCGCCAUUAGGAAGGCCUGCUUCUUCUCAGGCAUCUGACAGAAGAGCAGGAUCAUCCAUGUCUGGUUACAGGAAAGAAGAUUACAAUUGGAGAUAUGACAGUGAUGAAGUUCCAGAGGACGUAAUUCGAGCUUCAGCUGCAUUGGAAAACCUUCAACUAGACAGGAAAGCUCGAAACCUAACUACAUCUUGGCGGCAUGCCGGAGAUGGAAUGAGUGAUGACGACGGCAGGGCUGACCAUAUAUAGCUGAUCCAAAACCCUUUGUGAGACUGUACUUGUAGUUUAAUGUGUAUCUGCCAUUUCUAAUUCAUCAAAUGUUUUAUCAUCAUGAAACAAGGUAGUAAGUUUUAUGUAAGUCUUCUUUUUAAUUUCUUUAUUUCCUCCAAAAUAUAUUGUGAGGAUUUAGUGUUUGUAUGAGCUUUUUUAUUUAUAUUUUCCCUCAUCUUAUGGAAUCCCAUAUUGAUAUGUCA